UCAAGAUUUCAAGCACUACAAAAGGCGGCAGAGAGCGCGCGCGCCUUCGAUCCACCCAACCCGAACCCGCCGCCGGCGCCUCCCAGAUCUCCCAAACCCUAGCCAGCUCCCCGCCGGCCGCCAUCCCGAUGUCCCAUGGCCUCCUCCUCCGUCCUUCCCAUGGGCUGCAGGUUCAGCCCCUCCGACGCCGACCUCAUCUGCGCCUACCUCCGCCCCAUGAUCGCAAGCGAGCCCCUCCCUGAGCCCGCCGCCAGGUUCCUGCACACCGCCGACGCGUACGCCGCCGAUCCGGCCGCCCUCGUCUCGGGCCUCCAGCCCGCGGUCCUGCUGGCGCCCAAGACCGGGGCGGAGAGGCGGUGCUGGUACUUCUUCGGCUCCGCCAAGGCCCUGUCCGGGCACAACAAGCACAGGUCCCGCGCCGUCGGCGGCGGCGAGGGCACGUGGCACGCCGAGAAGGGGAGGAAGGCCAUGCUCGACGGCGAGGGACGCGGCGGAGUCGUCGGGUACAAGCAGAGUUUCAGGUAUAAGCCCAUCCAUGCCGACGGAUCCGUGGAGGCCGUGUGGCUCAUGGUGGAGUUCCGUAUGGCCCAUGAUCAAGGAGAUGAUGGGAAAGGUGAGACGGUUCCGGUUCUUUGCAAGGUCUACCAGAGCCCGCGCAAGCCCCGAUCUGCGUCCGUCUCGACGUCGCCAGCAUACAGGAGGGGGAGGAAGAGGAAGGCCGGAGACGACUCAGCUCCGGUGACGACUGUGAAGCGGCGGCUGCUUGUCCCUCCUGCUGCACCAAUUCUGCCGCCGGUCGUCGAGCCACAGCUAGACUUGAACAACUGCUCGGAUGGCGUCUCAUUGGAGUUGGACCAGCUUCUUGAUGAUCUCAUGUCCGGCCUCACGCCUGAUCAAGUCCUGGGUGACUUCGUGAUGCCUGCCCCUGAAUCAGAUGUCAAUUGCAGCUUCUCCAUGGCCAUCCACGCCGGCAGCUACUGUGACAGGGUCCUCCUGGACGAAGGUGGUGACUUGUUGAUGCCUUUUCAUCAGAAUUCUGAUCAACUCCUUCUGGGUGACUUGUUGAUGCCUGUCGUCCCUGAAUCAGAGGUCAAUUGCAGCUCCUCCAUGUCCGACCAUGCCGGUUCCAUGGUGAGCAACUACGACACUGUCGUCCAUGGCGGUUCAGUCACACCCCUUUUUGACAAUUCUGAUCAAUUUGACUUGUCGAUGCCCAUCAUCGAACCACUGCCAACUGACUUGCAGAACCAGACAGCAAUGCUAAAUUUCGGCUUCCUGCCGUGUGCCCUGUAUGCUGGAAUUUGUGAUUCUUGGACAGGAGGCGACACCACGGACGAUGAAGCGGCCUCGGUCAGCUGGUAUGACUCUGCUCAAAGCUCACCGGCGGUUCCAACCGAGUGGAUGAUGCAAUCACCAUUUGCCACCCCAUAUCAAUAUCAAUUCUGAAGCUGACCAGCUUCUUAUUGUGUUUUUUUUUCUCACUACCCCAUGGAUAGGAUAUAUGUUUUUGUUGCUUGUGCCAAGGUUCAAGACCUUGAUGUGUUGGCUGAUGAUCGAUACAGUUUCGUCUUAUAAUGAUCUGGUUAUGUAUGUCAGGGUACAUUAUUAAGUAGUAAUGGCUAAAAGAUCAUGAUGUGUAUUGUCAUCUUUAACUGAAUUUAGAUGGCUGUUCAAUCUGAAUUUAGAUGUUUUAUUAUUCAGCAUGUGCCUGCUUGUGAUUUCCUGUGUUGUAAGCUGUAAUUAAUCCCAUUUAGCUGGCUGUCUUUGAUCCUACAGCUGGCUCAUGCACUUGGGAUCCUUUGCUGUCUGAUAACUAAUGAGUGUAGUAUAUAUUUGGAUCUUAAUUAGAAUGCAAUGCUUUUCUAACAGCUGGGGGAGAAAAUAAUGGUACUGAACUCAUGGAAAAGGAAAAGAAUGAAAUUUACUAGUUACAGUUUGACAUUGUUCUAGCUAACUCUUUCAGCACAUCUAACACAUUAGACCGGGAUUCCUGGUUCUAUCAUUCUUGAACCAUAUGAUUAUGGAAUAUUGGAGACACAAAUUAUCGGCCUUAGAAAUAGUUCUCUCUGUAUUACUCACACUUUAUUGUCAUCUCAUUUAGGUGGAAUUUGUGGUGGGCCUAUGUGCUGGAGCACUCGUACAAUUUCUGCAUCUUCCGGCAAAGGUGCUUAUUUUAAUGGGCAAAAAAUUCAUGUCAGGUCGACAGAUAAGAUAGCUGAAAAAAGCCACAAUCUAUAGAUAGAGCCACACGGACAGACGAUACAUGGUAUUGAGGAAACCUCAGAAGCUGAUAAAAAAGAAAGACAUGGAUGGUGUAUAGUUUACAGUCUUUGGUGCUUCUGUUGUUGUUUCCAAUGGUGCUGUUCACGAACAGGUCGGUUUCCACGAACAGGCGUCCAAGUAGCUGAUUACAUGAACUUCCUACAAGAACGAUGCUGAAUCUCAGGCUUUUUGAAAGCCCCCGGUUUUUUCGGCCACUGGACAGUUUCCGGUUCGUACAUAUGGAAGCAUACGACAAGUGGUCACUACUCCGCGACCUCGGCAUAUAAGGCUCAAUUCCUUGGCGCCACGCGAUCACCCAUGGGCCAGACGAUCUGGAAGGUCUGGGCGCCCCCAAAAGUCAAAUUUUUUGCAUGGCUUGCAACUCAAAACCGACUUUGGACGGCGGAUAGGCUCCAGAAGCGAGCUUGGCCAAAUUGCGGUUUAUGUCCUCUUUGCAAGCAGACUAAUGAAACGGUGGAUCAUCUCUUCUUCAAGUGUCGUUUCACUAGGAGGCUUUGGGGCAUGAUCAAGGAUUGGCUUGGGCUAGACGGCAUGGACACUUAUCGCUGGAAUGACGAGCGCUCCAUCAAGGAUUGGUGGAUCAACAUGUCCGAGAAGAACGUGGCAAAUCGGAAGGCAAUGGCAACCCUCACCAUGUUGUCUUGUUGGAAUAUUUGGUGCGAGCGAAAUGCUAGGGUGUUCCAACAAAAAUCGACGCUGCCAUCCAUCAUUUUUGGUAACAUCAAGAAUGAGGCUAGGCUUUGGAUCGCCGCCGGCGCGAAGCACUUGGGAAACAUCAUGCCGCGAGAGUAGAAUCUAUGUAUCUUAUCUUGCUUUUCUGUUGUAAAAGCAACUCUAAACUUCUUCUUAAUUAAUGGAUGAGGCAAAUCUUUUGCCUCCGUUUCGAAAAAAAAAGCCACUGGUUUUUGGACCAGUUUUUGGUUAU